AUGGCCAUGUGGUUUCCUGUCUGCAGAAACUGGAAGCUGGGGUGCGAGGACUCAACGGGCGAUUUUUCGCAGCCCCCCAGACAGGACUAUGAGGCCCUGAAGGAAAGGUGCCUGAGGGACGGCUGUCUCUUUGAGGACAAGAGCUUCCCAGCCACCCUGAGCUCCAUCGGCAGUGGGCCCCUGCUGCGGAAGCUGCCAAGCCGCCUGCAGUGGAGGCGGCCUCCGGAGCUGCACAGCAACCCCCUUUUCUAUUCUGCCAAGGCCAAACGGCUGUAUCUGUGCCAGGGAUUGGUAGGUGACUGCUGGUUCUUGGCAGCUUUGCAAGCUCUGAGUUUGCACCAGGACAUCCUGAGUCGCGUUGUUCCCCUGAAUCAGAGUUUCACGGAGAAGUAUGCUGGCAUCUUCCAGUUCUGGUUCUGGCACUUUGGAAAGUGGGUUCCGGUUGUGGUGGAUGACCGACUGCCUGUGAAUGAAGCUGGCCAGCUGGUCUUCGUCUCUUCCACCUACAAGAACUUGUUCUGGGGAGCUCUUCUGGAAAAGGCCUAUGCUAAGCUCUCUGGCUCCUAUGAAGACUUGCAGCGUGGACAGGUGUCUGAAGCCCUUGUGGACUUCACUGGAGGGGUGACAAUGACCAUCAACCUGGCAGAAGCCCCUGACAACCUCUGGGAUGUCCUAACCCGAGCCAUCUACAGCAGAACCCUGAUUGGCUGCCAGACCCACUGCGGGAAGGAGCGGGUGCUGGAGAAUGGGCUGGUGGAUGGCCAUGCCUACACACUCACAGGCAUCAGGAAGGUGACCACCAGACAUGGACCUGAGUAUCUCGUCAGGCUCCGGAACCCCUGGGGGAAGAUAGAGUGGAGAGGAGACUGGAGUGACAGCUCGAGUAUGUGGGAUCUACUGAGCCCCAAGGAGAAGAUUCUGCUGCUGAGAAAAGAUAAUGAUGGAGAAUUCUGGAUGUCACUGCGGGACUUUAAAGCACAUUUCAUGCUUCUGGUCAUCUGUAAACUGAGCCCAGGCCUGCUGACUCAGGAGGUGGGCCAGAAGUGGUCGUACACCAUGCUGGAGGCGAGAUGGGAGAAAGGGAGCACUGCCGGUGGCCAGAUGAAGUCGCCCCAAGACACAUUUUGGAAGAACCCGCAGUUCCUGCUGUCCAUCUGGAGGCCCCAGGAGGGCAGGAGGUCCCGGUCGCUCUGCAGUGUGCUGGUGUCCCUGCUCCAGAAGCCCAGACACAGGCACCGCAACCGGAAGCCUCACCUCGCCAUUGGCUUCUACCUCUUCAAGAUGAGCCAGAGCUUCGAUGCCCAGAAGAAACUGCCCUCUGAGUUCUUCUGGAAAAAUGCUUCCCUGAGUUGCCCUGCGACGUUUCUCACAGAGAAGGAAGUGAGCCAGGAACUGUGGCUGGAGCCAGGGACGUACGUGAUCGUGCCCUGCACAUCUAAGGCCCGUCAGGAGUCUGAGUUCGUCCUCAGAGUCUUCUCCAGGAAGCACGUGUUUUAUGAAAUUGGCAGCAAUUCCAGUGUCAUCUUCUCUAAGGAAAUUGUAGACCAAAGUGAAGGGAAGGAUGAAUUCUUCACCAAACUCUUUGAAAAGUAUCCAGAAAUAAAUGCGAUCCAACUGCAGAAUAUCCUGAACCACAUGCCCUGGUCAGGUCUAGGAAGCAAACAGCCUCUCUUCAGCCUUGAGGCCUGUCAGGGUAUCCUGGCCCUGCUGGAUCUUAACGCAUCCGGCACUGUGAGUAUCCAGGAAUUCAGGGACCUGUGGAAGCAGCUGAUGUUCUACCAGGAGGUUUUCCACAAGCAAGACACUAACCAGUCAGGAUCCCUGAAUUGGGCCCAACUACGGGCUGCCAUGAGGGAGGCAGGAAUCGUGCUCAGUGAUGGCGUCUGCCAGCUGAUGCUUAUCCGCUACGGCGGCCCCGACCUCCAGAUGAACUUCGUCAGCUUUGUCCACUUGAUGCUGCGUGUGGAGAACAUGGAGGAUGUCUUCCAAAACUUGACCCAAGACGGCAAAGGGAUAUACCUCCAGAAGCCAGAGUGGCUAAUGAUGGCUCUGUACUGCUGA